AUGGCGGAGAGAUUGGAGUGGGUGGAGAUCAUUGAGCCCCGGACUCGGGAGCGCAUGUAUGCUAACCUCCUGACGGGCGAGUGUGUGUGGGACCCUCCACAGGGGGUCCGCAUCAAGCGCACAGGGGACAACCAGUGGUGGGAGCUGUUCGACCCCAACACGUCCCGCUUCUACUACUACAACGCCUCGACCCAGCGCACAGUGUGGCACCGGCCGCAGAGCUGUGACAUCAUCCCCCUGGCUAAACUGCAGACCCUGAAGCAGCACACGGACGCCUCCUCCAGCUCCCCUCAGCCCGGGGACGAGCCCCCCACACACAAUAGCCCAGGAAGGAACAGCGCAGUCAGCCAGGAAGGCAGCACCUGCUCCUCUGUGGAGCAGGACACAUCCGACAAGCAGAAGGAGAGAGACGUGUCCGACAGAACCUCUCCUUUCAGAUGGAAUACUGGAACAAAAGAACGCAUGCUGAUAAAAGUAACUGACCGUGAACCUAGCUUCUUAGCCCACCAGGACAACGGCUUCUCCUCCACCGAGCCCCCGGCCCGCAGCAGACAUUCCUCUGGGGGUAACUCUUCUGAGGCUGACAUCUACGCUGAGCGCCGCCACUCCCCUUUCCUAAAGCGGGCUGAGCUGGGCGGGGCGGGCCCCAACCGACGCUCCUCAUCCGAUUCCCAGCCUGCCUCUCCUCGCUAUGCCUAUGAGCCUCCUCUGUACGAAGAGCCCCCUUCUGACUAUCAGCCCCCUCCCAUCUACGAGGAGCCCCCCUCAGACAUGCAGUUGUCUGCAGAAUCCUCCUCCCUGUACGGCUCCACCAAGUCCCCCGCCCGCAAGAGCCCCGUGCCCCUCUACCAUUCCCCCAAGCAGUCGCCCUAUGGUCAGCUGGUGCUGACCCGCCAGAAGUGUCCUGAGAAGGCGCAGAGUCUGGAGUACAGCCCUGUGGGAAAGGAAUACGUCAAGCAGUUGGUGUACGUGGAGCAGUCCUCCUCCAGCCCACGCUUCCGCACCGCAGACCGCCUCCUCCGCCUGGGCACUACUACAGGCUAUGGGGGGUCCUAUGGGGGCUCCUUCACCCUACAGCACAGCCAGUCUCUUAUCAGGGACCCUCGCCUGCUGCUGGACUACAGCGGGGAGGGCGACUCUCAGAAGCUCUUGUAUGAGGAUUCCAUCUCCUGGUCAGCCAGUCACACACACAUAUCCUCUACCAUCGGUCCUGGGCCCUUCUCUCCUGGAGGAAAUCGCAAACGCAAGAGCCGCAAGCCCUCACUUCCUCAGGAGCUGGCCCGCUGCGGGACAGUGGGGACAGGGGGGACAGAGGCAGACUGCGCCUCUCCCUCGGAGGCCAUGCUGGCUCAGGCUCGGCUGGCUUGGGAGGCUCAGCAAGUCAUGAAGCAGAGGAGCAGCUGGGACUCAGGGCAGACCGGGGGCUCUAAAGAUGGCUAUGAGAGUGAUGGAGCAGUGCCUCUGCCCCUACCCGGGCCUGUGGUCAGAGCCUUCAGUGAAGAUGAGGGCCUGGCUCAGAGCGAGCAGCACUGGAAACGCAGUACCUUUGACCGACUGGGCUUCCCUCAGGCCCUGCUAGAGAAGAGUCUGUCUGUGCAGACAAACUUGGCAUCUCCUGAGCCCUACCUCCACCCCUCCCAGUCUGAGGACCUCGGUGCCUGCGCCCAGUUUGAAGCCAGUCGGAACGCCAGGAACAUGAUGCCAAGUGCGAGCUGCGGGGUGUUUCCAGAGUUCUCUCUAAGAAAACCAUCCUCAGAGACUGACAUCGAGAACUGGGCGUCCAAACACUUCAACAAACACACGCAGGGGCUGUUCCGAAGAAAAGUGUCCAUAGCCAACAUGCUGGCCUGGAGCAGCGAGCCCAUCAAGAAGCCCAUGAUUGUGACGUCAGACCGUAGUGUGAAGAAGGAGGCUGUGGACCUCUUCAAACUCAUCCAGACCUUCAUGGGAGACCGGCGCUGCAAGGCCGAGCCGCUCAGUGUGGCUUUGGAGGUGGUGGUCCGUGGCUGGAGUAACCAGGGGCUCCGGGACGAGCUGUACAUCCAGCUGUGCCGCCAGACCACCGAGAACUUCCGCUACGACAGCCUGGAGAGGGGCUGGGAGCUUAUGGCCAUCUGCCUGGCUUUCUUCCCCCCCACGCCGCGCUUUCACAACUAUCUUGAGGGCUACAUCCAGAGGCACAUGGACCCACUCAACGACAACAAGGGAGUGGCCAUCAGCAGCUACGCCAAAUACUGCUACAGAAAGCUAACCAAGGCUGCCCUGACUGGAGCUAAGAAGAGGGCCACAGAGGGCCACAGAGGGCCACAGAGGGCCGCAGAGGGCCGCAGAGGGCCGCAGAGGGCCGCAGCAGAGGGCCGCAGCAGAGGGCCGCAGCAGAGGGCCGCAGCAGAGGGCCGCAGCAGAGGGCCGCAGCAGAGGGCCGCAGCAGAGGGCCGCAGCAGAGGGCCGCAGCAGAGGGCCGCAGCAGAGGGCCGCAGCAGAGGGCCGCAGCAGAGGGCCGCAGCAGAGGGCCGCAGCAGAGGGCCGCAGAGGGCCGCAGAGGGCCGCAGCAGAGGGCCGCAGCAGAGGGCCGCAGCAGAGGGCCGCAGCAGAGGGCAGCAGAGGGCCGCAGCAGAGGGCCGCAGCAGAGGGCCGCAGCAGAGGGCCGCAGCAGAGGGCCGCAGCAGAGGGCCGCAGCAGAGGGCCGCAGCAGAGGGCCGCAGCAGAGGGCAGCAGAGGGCAGCAGAGGGCCGCAGAGCCCUCCAUAUGAGUGACUAG